AUGACAACCGAAUUUAUCCACGGAUUUGGUUAUCCUAUUUACGCUACUGGGUGUGUCGGGCGUCAUGCUGUCGCAGUGGCUGGAGGUGGCGGUGCCGCUAAAACCGGUGUUCCUAAUCGGAUAGACAUAGUUGAUAUCAGAAACGACCCUAAGAUGCCAGUGCCCAUGGCCGAAAUCUGUGGUGGCUUGGACACUGGUACGGAGGCCGUAAUGAGCCUAGCCGUAUCUGAUGUUGCUGGGUCCGGCUCGCUUUUCACCAGCCUGGAAGGACGCAUGUGCGUCGAAUAUUCUGCCGCACCGAAAUCGAUUCCAGUAGAUAGCCCUAACUGGACAACAUCAUCGGGCAAUCCUGAUCGCUCUGGAUUGCAUUCUGAUGCCGGUCCGCAGAAUGACGUUCGUUCGGGGCGCUCGGUGCGAAAACGGAAAGCCCUCCCUUUGCCCGAUCCGUAA